AUCGACCUCGCAAACAACUGCCCCUACCCAACUUUUGCCUAAACUGUCUUCAGAAGCAGCGACUCUUCGGCGCGCCCUUCUCCCUUCAAAGCUACACUGUAGUCCUUCGUUUCCGUCUUUUGUUCUCUUCCACUGCUACAGUAUGUCUUCUGGCGUCAAGGUCGCGCCAGAGUGCCUCGAGGCGUACCAGGCGCUCAAGCUCGGCAAGAAGGUCAAGUACAUCAUCUUUAAGCUCUCGCCGGACAACACCGAAAUCGUCGUUUCCAAGCAAUCGGAGUCGGACGACUACGACGAGUUUCUCGAGCACCUCCCUCCCGGAGAGUGCUGCUAUGCCGUCUACGAUGUCAGCUACCAAAAGGGCGAAGAGGGAAAGAGGAACAAGAUCUGCUUCUUCACAUGGUCUCCUGACGACUCCAAGAUCAAGCAGAAGAUGCUCUAUGCUUCGUCGAAGGACGCCCUCCGCAAGUCGCUCGUCGGCAUCUCGUCGGAGAUCCAAGGCACUGACAUGAGCGAGGUUGCGCACGAGACUGUUCUCGAGAAGGUCUCGCGCUCGACCUUCUAAGAGAUUCUGGUCUCGCAAAACAAAGAUACAUGGCCGAUAACAAGCUCUAGGUCCCCCCCACAAGAGGGGCGGACGCGGCCUUGUGUUAUCGUGUGAGGGAGGGCGUCCUCUUCUUUCCUCUUUGUCAAACUACAGCAGCCAAUCUACCACUUCUAUCCCUCCCUCCAUCCCACUCUUUCUUUUGUCUACUUUCCUCGCUUCCUUAUAUAUCGAGCUUGUCGUGGCGGUGCCGACAAAGCAUCCCUCAGAGGGUUGGUGAGAACCAUGUCGACCGCCCGUUAGGCGGUGGUGAUCUCAAUGUGCGAAUCUAGAAUCUCCGGCGGCUUCAAUCACACCGAGGUAUGAAUAAUCGAUGC